CCCAAGAACAUAAAACAACCGCCACUAACUUCUGGUAGCCGGCUGUGCUGUGUGCGGAAUCACACAUGCAUAAGCUAUAAGAUCCUAUUGUUUUUAUAAUGCCUAGAUUAUCAGCAAUAUCAAUUCACCCAAAGCGCACAUAAAGGACUCUGUGUUCAAAGGAUCAGGUGACGUUGAGAUCGGUGGAUUGGUGAACCGUAGUACAUCUCUAUGGGCAAUUGCCUAUAGCACAAUUCAAUUAGUUGUUCGGUCCCUUCACUGCCACCGACAGUCCGUGAAAUAUCGGCUGAGGUUGGCUUGCACUGUUCAGCUGGCACAAGGCAACUCCACUUGUUUGCACGGAUUGACUUGUGAUCGUAGUCCAUGGAGAAAAAAAAUCAAGCCUUGCAAGACCCGUGCCUCAUUCUCAACUCGCCCGUCAUGUCAUCCGGCAAGAAACCCGACAUUCUGUGCCAGGUCUGUGGAGACCGUAGCUCGGGCAAGCAUUACGGCGUCUUCAGCUGCGAUGGUUGCCGUGGGUUCUUUAAGCGAAGCGUCCGGCGUAACAUGGCCUAUGUCUGCAAGGAGAAUGGGUCAUGCGUAGUCGAUCUUACCCGUCGAAACCAGUGUCAGGCAUGUCGAUUCAAGAAGUGCGUGGAAGUGAACAUGAACAGGAACGCAGCUGUUCAGCACGAACGAGCACCGCGAUGUUAUCAGUACAACCAUCACAGCCCUGAUAAGUGCGAGCCCUCAAGAUCGAGCAAAGAGGACUACAUCCCUUUGACACCACCGACUGGCAUCUUCAACCAUGAUGCUCGCCUUUCAGGCUUCGCACCGGUUGCCUCAGAUUACCCAACCAAUUUGUCUCCGCCAAUUCUCGCGGAUGUGUUAGCGCAUCCGUUUUUGCACAGCCUGCUGCUAGCGGACCGUGCCUUUGAUUUAAGGCAGAUGACCUCUAUCAACAUGCAGAACAACGGGGCUAGGGCUCAUCACCGCGAGACAGAAUCAUUAGCAUCUGCGCCAUCCAAUCACAGUCUGGACAAUGCCACUGACUGCAAGCUUCACCUAAACUCCACGAACAACAUGGUCGAAAAUAUCUACGAGUGUGCAGCACGCCUUCUCUUUAUGACGGUCAAAUGGGCUCGGGCUAUUCCGGCAUUCCUAGCACUUCCGUUUCGGGAUCAGGCUAUCUUAUUGGAGGAAGCUUGGAGCGAUCUCUUUGUUUUGAGCGCCUGCCAGUGGUCCAUGCCAAUCGAAAUAGAGGCCAUGCUCAGCUCUGACUGCCUGUUGAACUCAGUGGAUGUAAAUCACGGAGAGAUGGCGCUAAAAUCUACAAAGAGACAGCUUCAGGAUGUAGUGAGGAGAUUGCGCACUUUGCAAACAGACACCUUGGAGUUUGCCUGUCUUAAGGCUUUGGUUCUCUUCAGACCAGAAAGUAGAGGACUCCGUGAAUUGCAGAAGGUGGAGACAAUACAAGACGAAGCCCAAUUAGUCCUUGGUGACGUUGUUCGAAUGAGGCAGCCAUCCCAGAGGGUCCGCUUUGGAAGGCUUCUGCUGGCCCUUUCUCAUAUUAGGAGCAUCGACUCGCGGUGUGUUGAGGAGCUGUUCUUCAGACGUACUAUCGGCAGCGUGCCGAUUGAAAGACUGCUCUGUGACAUGUUCAAAUCAAGCUGAUGGCAACGCUGCUCAUCACAAUGGUAACAACUGAAAAAAACAAACAAACAAACAAACAAAUCAAAGGAAAAACAUGAAUGCAAACCUACGAUUCAAAGUCAAUCUUUCUACUCCAAGGGUGCAGUUCUUGGGUCCUUUUGGUUGACGAUAAGAAAUGGAAAAAGGCUCAUUUCUAAUGGUUGCAGUUUUUUAUACCGGUCCCUUCCAAGCCUUGCUGCGUUCCUCAAGCCUCCACUUUUUUUGCUCAGUUUCUUUUUUUAUUAUUAUUGAUAACUAAGGAACGCAAGCAUUUAACACCAACUUACUCGUAUGAUUAUAUGAUUUGUCAUGAUGAAUGGUGCAGCGGUACAAGGCAUUGGAAGUCCUCGUUGAUUAAGAUUCCAUUGUCAUGUGUCUUACGGUGCAGCUGCAUGCAACCGAAUAGCAUGAUUGAUUGCACUUUUGAGAUUCACCAGCAUUAAUUUUAGAGGCUUGUAGUGCUGAAAAUAUAUUCAUUUUGGGGGAUCUUAAAGUUUUUGUCUAUUGCACGUGCCUUCUAUCAAAUACAUUUAUAUUCUGAUUUCUUAAAUACACACCUCCUUACAAAAGCGCUUUGUCGUUCACGCCUCCUGGAGAUCUUCGUACGUGUAUAUGAAUUAUCAUCAGCUGUUAUUGCACUUUGUGCAAACUAUAAAAGCAAUGUUAAUUGAUUAUACAGAACGUCGUAGAGCUGACGGCGAAUAUGCAAAAACUCGGUUUUGAGUAAUGCGCGUUUGAAGUGUAGCUGAUUUGUGAGCGUCGUAUUCUACUUUUAUUCUUUCGAUAAUAACCCUUUGGAAGAGGGUUUCUAUUCGACAGCUAUUUUAUCUAUUGAAAUACUUUUCAUGGCGGGAAAGUUGGGCAAUGCGUUGUAAUUUGGACUCAAAGUUAUUCGUUAGUUGAGCAAACUGCAAAAACUCCAAUUGGUAAUCACCAAUUCGUCAUCGUGGGCGUGCUAUUCGUCAGUUUGUCAAAAUGCAAAACUACACAUUUACUGUAGCUGGUCAAUCUAAAUGUGUAUUAUUCGCCAGUCAUACAAGUCCUUUUCCUUGUACAAAAAUCUAGCCUCUAUCUAAUCAUUAUCUCAGUAUUCUAGGAACAGUCAUUCAUUAAGGCCUAUUUGAACUUUUGGCGGCCUGUGUCUUUUUAGGCAAAACUGUUCAACAUUAUAAGCUUUCUUUCCAUUUGAAAUACAUUUGGGCUUUUGAAAUUGACACGUUGACAAUAUCUUAUAGCGUUCAGUUGAAAUGAAAUUGAUGUAAAUUUUCGACCCUGCUUGAUUAAAUCAGAAAUAAAUUAGAAAACAAAACGA